CGCGCCACCACUAGCUAGCCACCUAGCCAAGGGUCAAGCAAGACUCGAGCGGCGCCGCUGAUUAAGCUCGCCGCGCGGACGUUUUCUCCAGCAGCUAAACUUAUAAGCAACAGCCAACAGCGGAAGAAAGGAAGGCAGCAGGACGCAAACUUAGUCGCUCUCAAUUCGUCCGGGAAGGAGAUAGCUAGCCAGCAGAGUUCGACCAAGAAGCAACCAUGGCCACGGCCAACCUCAGCAGCGUGGUGGUGGCGGUGGACGGCAGCGAGGAGAGCAUGAAAGCGCUGAGCUGGGCGCUCGACAGCCUGCGCCUCCGCCCCGACGGCGCCCUCGUCGUGCUACAUGUCCAGUCGCCGCCCGGCAUCGCCUCCGGGCUCAACCCCAGACCCAUCCCCUUCGGCGGCCCCAAGAUCGCGGAGGUGCCGGCGUUCACGCAGGCGAUCGAGGCGCACCAGCGGCGGAUCACGGAGGCGAUCAUGGAGCACGCGCUCAAGAUUUGCUCCGACAAGAAUGUGGAGGUGAAGACGGAGGUGGUGGUUGGGGAUCCCAAGGAGAAGAUCUGCGAGGUCACGGCCGAGCUCAAGGCCGAUCUGCUCGUCAUGGGGUGCCGGGCAUUUGGGCCUGUCAAAAGGAUGUUCCUGGGCAGUGUGAGCAACUACUGCAUCAACAGCGUCGGCUGCCCCGUUGUUGUGAUCAAGGGCACCUGAACCAUCCUCGACAAACAUUCUUUGUAGAAUUCCGCAUCAAGUUUUUUGAGGUUGCUACCGUGCUCUCUGCAAUCCUGUGCAAUUCAAGACUAUGCUUGUAUGUAUCAUGUUGUCAAUUGGUUUUGGUGAGGGACAAGAUAGAUCGAACUGGUUCUGUACACUGUGCAUGGAAAAUGUACCAUUGGUUUCUGGAUCUGUGUAUAAUAAGUGCGCCGUUCCAUGGAUGGAUGUAGCACAUGGUUCUGUACAUUCUUGUAUCUGUUGACAACAUGGAAACAUGGCACCAUGUGGGUGUGAGCUUUUGUUUAUACAAGUUUUUGCAAAAA